GGGGGCGCACCCGGGCGGCGCCGGAAGCGAGGCGAGGGGCGGAAGUUCCCCGCCCGGCGCUCCCGCUCGCUCGGUCCGAGGGGCUCGGUCCGUUCAUGGAAGAGAUGUCGGGAGAGAGCGUGGUGAGCUCAGCAGUGCCGGCGGCCGCGACGCGCACGACGUCCUUCAAGGGGAGCAGCCCCAGCUCCAAGUACGUGAAGCUGAACGUGGGGGGGGCCCUGUACUACACCACCAUGCAGACCCUGACCAAGCAGGACACCAUGCUCAAGGCCAUGUUCAGCGGGCGCAUGGAAGUGCUCACGGACAGUGAAGGCUGGAUCCUGAUCGACCGCUGUGGGAAGCACUUUGGGACAAUCCUGAACUACCUGCGGGACGGGGCCGUGCCCCUCCCGGAGAGCCGCCGGGAGAUCGAGGAGCUGCUGGCUGAGGCCAAGUACUACCUGGUGCAGGGGCUGGUGGAUGAAUGCCAGGCAGCCCUGCAGAACAAGGACGCGUACGAGCCCUUCUGCAAAGUCCCGGUGAUCACCUCCUCCAAGGAGGAGCAGAAGCUGAUUGCAACCUCCAACAAGCCAGCAGUGAAGCUGCUCUAUAACAGAAGCAACAACAAAUAUUCCUACACCAGCAACUCCGAUGACAACAUGCUGAAGAACAUUGAGCUCUUUGACAAGCUGUCCCUGAGGUUCAACGGGAGGGUGCUCUUCAUCAAGGAUGUCAUUGGGGAUGAGAUCUGCUGCUGGUCCUUCUACGGGCAGGGCCGCAAGAUCGCCGAGGUCUGCUGCACCUCCAUCGUUUAUGCCACCGAGAAGAAGCAGACCAAGGUGGAGUUCCCAGAAGCCCGAAUUUACGAGGAGACCCUGAACAUUCUUCUGUACGAAUCCCAGGAUGGGAGGGGCCCGGACAAUGCCCUCCUGGAAGCCACAGGAGGGGCUGCAGGGCGCUCCCACCACCUGGAGGAGGACGAGGAGCGGGAGCGCAUCGAGCGCGUGCGGAGGAUCCACAUCAAGCGCCCGGAUGACAGGGCCCACCUGCACCAAGCUCCUUGGUAGAGGCUGAAACACACCAGGAAGUGGCUGUACAGUUUUGGAUCAUCAAUUAAAGCUCAAAGAUUUCCAAUUUAAUCUGAGGCCGUUUUUCUAGUAACCAAAGACUUCUCCACAUUGCAGGCAGCUGCUGGCUGUGGCAGGUGGGGGUGUUGUACCUGUCUCCUCUCCUCUUUCUCCUGCAGCUCCUGAUUGUUCACUGAGAGCUCCACAGUCUCCUUGGGGUUCAGCAGCUUCAGCUCUGUCCUGACACCUCAGGGCUUCCAGUUUGAGUUUUACUUAAACCUGUUUGCAGCACCCUCUAGGGCUGGAGCAGUGCAGAGGGGGAAGGAGCCAGUGCCUCUCCCCUCAGGGCUGGGAUGAGCUGAGGGGGAGGCAGGGAAAUCCUGGAUUGCUGUUUCUCCAGCACUGUGUACUUUGACACUUACUGGUGAUUGCUGGGCUGGUUCUGGCCAUCUCAGCAUCUGGAGCAGCCCUGCUGCCCUUGGGGGUGGAGGCUGUGUCUCAGCAGAGGGUGAGCAGGGACCAGCACCAGUCCUGCAGCAAGCCCUGCUCACUCCAGCUGGGAGCUGCUCUCCAGCAGGCUCGGGGCAGCUCAUCCCCGGCUGUGCUGACCUGCAGACCCCAGACCAAAUCCAGUCCUGUGGGGCAGAGCAGCUUCAGCCCCAGGAGGUGACAGCAGUACUAAGCACCUGACAGGUCACAGCUACGUGAUUAACUUCUCUGUAAAUAGAUCCUUAACUGGCUUCAGGCUUUUCCCUUUCAGGUUAUGCAAACUAAGUUCUUAAAAACCAGGGAAGGGCUGUUUUUAAUCUUUGUACAGCGCUUUGUAGAGCUGUUGGUUUAGCAAAGUCACUCCAGGAGAGUUAAAAGUUUCAAUUUCAGUUUUGUUACUGCAUUUGUGGGCAGACUCUGCCUUAACUCACUCCUGAGCUCACCCUCGGGGAGCUGGAGUGGUGCAGCCAAGCUGUGCUGUCCUGGGGCCUGUCCUUUACCUGCUGCCCCUGUCCUUGCUCUGGGCACACCCUGGUCAUGCCCUUGCACAAAUGCUCUCAGCCCUGAGCCUCGUUACUCUAAGUGGUUUUACUCUGAGCUCUCAGGUGCAGCUGGGGCUCAGGGCAGGAGUCCUGGGCACAAGCAGCUCUUCAGAUUAUCCUUCCCUGCCUCCCAGGGCCAGGGAGAGCAGAGCUGGCUGCUUCCAUCCUCCAGCACCAGCAGUGACAGCACAGCCCAGGGGAGCUGAGCAAAGUCCCCCUGGGGAAGGGAUUUUGUCCCCUCCCAGCUCCUGACAUGGGUGGGGCUGCACAAGGAGGGGACAGGGACCAGCCCUGGUGCCCCUUUCCCACCUCUCUCCCUGUAGCACCAAAGCAGCUGCUCCUGCACUUCCCCAAGGCAGGUUUGGAUCCCCUGAGCAGCACCUGGGCAAGGCUCCAAGCUCCCAUCCUACCUUAGAGCAAAGCAUAGGUAGAACCUUUCAGUCUUAAUGGAAUUGUUUCAUGGACAACAGCAAAUUCCUGUUCUGUACAAUCAUUCCCACCUGUCCAGACGUCUGCACAGAACAAGCUUCAGCUGGAUUUCAGUGUAUGGUUGAUGUUUGCAAUAUGUACUUUUGUUUUGUUUUGUUUUUUUUUAAUAUAACACAAUAAAUUAGAAGAUAUUUCAUAUUUA